AUGAGAGCAGACGGAAAGUUUUCUAAGUCUUCAUGGCCAAAAGUGGUGGCCAGAAAGAUGUUAAACUUAAGUAAUGGUUCAGAAGAAUUUCACUCAGACUAUAGAACAAAAGGUAGAAGGAAAAGUCGCUCUGACGAAGCUCGCUCCGUCGUCGUACCUGAAGAAUUAUCUGAAGAAUGGUUGAUGGGAGCAAUUAACGAAAUCAAACAGCCAGGAUUCGACCUGCCGGCUGCACCACCACCUGUCAACAAUAGCCUCGACCACAACCUCAGGAUGUUCGUGGGAACAUGGAACGUAGGAGGCAAGCCACCACACUGUGGAUUGAACAUGGGAGACUGGUUUGGAUCUAUGGAACAAGCUGAUAUUUAUGUACUCGGAUUUCAAGAGAUAGUACCUUUGAAUGCUGGGAACGUACUCGGCCCUGAGGAUUAUGCUCCAGCAGCAAAGUGGCUUUCCUUGAUCCGACAAGCUCUAAAUGGUGAGUCGAACAAUUCUAGUGACGGUAACGUUGUUAGUCCUAUGUUGAAAGAGUCUCCUAGCCCAAAUGAUCAACAACAACUGACUCCAAAUCCAAGAGUUAACUUUCCAAAUUUGAUGUCAUUAGAAGAUGAGCUUGAUCGCGAUGAUUUCGAAAGAUUUGUGAGUUUUAGAUCAAGUUCCUAUUCUAGUGAAGAAGGUUCACCUAGUCCAGCAAGUGAACCGGCUACACAUACUAGUACCGUACAACAUCAAUAUAAACUAGUUUCCAGUAAACAGAUGGUUGGAAUCUUUUUAUGCGUAUGGGUUCGUGAGGAAUUAUGUCAACAUAUUAGCUCCUUGAAGGUUUCUUGUGUUGGAAGAGGCAUUAUGGGAUACCUCGGAAAUAAGGGAUCGAUAUCUAUUAGCAUGACAUUACAUCGAACAACAAUUUGCUUCGUAUGCACUCACUUGACCUCCGGAGAAAAAAAGGGCGACGAAAUCAGAAGAAAUUUAGACGUAACAGAAAUUUUAAAGAGAACAAGAUUUUCUCAUCCAUGUCGAAUUCCAGGAAAACCAAUUCUACUUGACAACAUUUUGGAUCACGACAAGGUAAUUUGGCUAGGAGACUUGAACUAUCGACUUGCAUCUGUUUGUGAUGAAACAUAUGAGUUGCUGAAGAGCAAAGAUUGGCAAGCACUUCUAGAGAAAGAUCAGCUGACGAUAGAACAACAAGCUGGUCGAGUGUUUGACGGCUGGGAAGAAGGGAAAAUAUAUUUUGCCCCGACUUACAAAUACUUCGCCAAUUCUGACAAUUACGUUAUCCAAACAUCAACGUCUAAAGCAAAGCAUAGGACUCCAGCUUGGUGUGACAGGAUUUUGUGGAAAGGUGACGGGUUAAAGCAAAUGUGCUAUGAUAGGGGUGAAUCAAAAUUCUCAGACCACAGGCCAGUUUAUUCACUUUUUACUGUACAAGUAGCUACUGUAGCAGCUAAUGAGAAGAAACCCACACUCAUAAUUGGUUCAUACACCCCUGAACCAUCGACAGCAGCAGAUAAAUUACUUUCACAAACAGCUGUUUUAUCGGCAACAAAAGACUUGAUGUUCCUAACAAGAGCACAGAGUUGCAUACACAAAACCUUAAGGUUCUCUGUCACAGCUCAACAAGUAACCAGCCAAUAG